AGCUGCAACUCACACCCUUUCUUUCCAACAUUAGCCAAGAUGGUAAUGCCCCAGCUGUAUCAAUCCCACCAUGCUCCCUCAAUCAUGGCCUUGCCCAGGUUCUUAAUUCCUGGCCAAGGAAGCCCCACAAUCUCCGUCCGAUCGCUAUCCAGACUACCUCGCCGAAAUGCAAUGAAUGGCCGAGUUUUCGCAGUUUCAAACAACGCCCAUCAAAUCAUAAUUACUGAAGAGAAAGCAAUCUUAGACACCACAGAGAAAUCAGUGUUAGAGACCAAAGAGAAAGCAAUCGUAAGCAUCGUAGAGAAAAUGGUCUCAGUUAAGGCUGUCGUCACUUUGAAACUAACAGACAGUGGUUUGAAAGAUAACAAAGAUAUUACUGAUGUGUUAACCAAAACGCUUCAACUUGAGCUUGUCAGCUCCGAGCUCGAUCCAAAGACGGGGUCGGAGAAGAAGCCAAUAGAGUCGAUCAAAGGAUCGGCGAGCAAACAUGAUAAUGAACUGAAAUACGAGGCCCAAUUCAAGAUGCCGGGUAGUUUUGGUGAAGUUGGAGCGGUUCUAGUGCUGAAUAAGCAUGAGAAGGAGAUGUUCUUGGAAGACAUAGUCAUUACGGGAUUUGCUAGUGGGCCAAUCACCGUAACUUGCAAAUCAUGGGUUCAGGGAAAGAAUGAUCACCUGGGGCAGAGGAUCUUCUUCACCAACAAGUCAUACUUACCAUCACAGACCCCAAGUGGUCUGAAGCGGAUGAGGGAGAAGGAGCUCGAAAUCCUACGUGGCGACGGUCAGGGAGAACGCAAGACUUUUGAGAGAAUCUACGACUAUGACGUGUACAAUGACUUGGGAGAUCCAGAUCAGAGCGAUGACUUGGUAAGGCCCGUCCUAGGUGGCAAGGAGCACCCUUAUCCACGCCGUUGCCGGACUGGACGGCCUAGAUCGGAGAAGGAUCCUAAGAGUGAGAGAAGGAGCGAGAAUUUCUACGUGCCGAGGGACGAGGCGUUCUCAGAAGUGAAGACACAGAACUUUGGAGAUAAGAAAAUUAUGGCUAUGGUGCAUACGGCGUUGCCAUUUCUAGAAACAAAGAUGAUGGAAAACCCAGACUUCCUAUCCUUCACGGACAUUGACUCGCUCUUUGAUGAAAGGCUGAGCUUACCCCCACUUAUAGACGGAUCUGAAGGUAUCUGGGACGACCUGUUCAGCGCCCUUAAGAGUCUAAAAGAGUACGGGGAGGCGUUCUUCCGUUUUGGCAUCCCUCAAAUGAUUAAGAGAGACAGGUUUUCGUGGUUGAAGGAUGAAGAGUUCGCUCGGCAGACUCUUGCUGGCCUUAAUCCCAUAAGCAUUCAAUUAGUUACGGAAUUUCCAUUCGUGAGCAAGCUCGACCCUAAGAUCUAUGGCCCACCCAAGUCUGCAAUCACAAAGGAACACAUUAACUGCGCAAUUAAAGGACACAUGACAGCCGAUGAGGCCCUUGAACGUAAGAAGCUCUUCAUGAUCGACUACCAUGAUUUGCUCUUGCCGUACGUGAACAAGGUGAGAGAGCUAGAAGGGACCACCUUGUAUGGGUCCCGGACACUCUUCUUCCUCUUGCCCGACGGCACACUGCGGCCUAUCGUCAUCGAGCUCACGCGGCCUCCUUCGCCCACUCAGCCCCAGUGGAAGAAGGUGUUCACCCCUGGCCACCACAACACCAAUUCCUGGCUCUGGAAAUUCACCAAGGCACACGUUUGUGCUCAUGACUCCGGCUAUCACCAGCUCAUUUCCCACUGGCUACGAACUCAUUGUUGCAUCGAGCCUUACAUAAUUGCUGCUAAUAGGCAACUAAGUACGAUGCACCCAAUUCAUAGACUACUGCAGCCCCACUUCCGAUACACGAUGGAGAUCAAUGCAUUCGCUCGCCAUGACCUCAUCAACGGUGAUGGAAUUAUCCAGAAAUCCUUUUCGCCGAAAAAAUACUGCAUGGAAUUGAGUUCGGUUGCCUAUGAUCAGCUUUGGAGAUUUGAUAUGGAGGCCCUGCCAGCAGAUCUGAUUAGAAGGGGGAUGGCAGUUGAGGAUCCAACGGCUGAGCAUGGCCUAAAGUUGACCAUAGAAGACUACCCAUACGCCAACGAUGGCCUUCUCAUCUGGUCAGCCAUCAAGCAAUGGGUCAGCGAUUAUGUGACCCACUACUACCCAGACAACAGCAAGGUAUCAUCAGAUCGCGAGCUCCAAGCAUUUUGGACAGAGGUUCGAACCAAAGGCCAUGAAGACAAGAACGACGAGCCAUGGUGGCCCAUCUUGGACACCACUGAUGAUCUGAUCCAUGUCCUGACCACCAUCAUCUGGGUUGCCUCAGCCCACCACGCUGCAGUCAACUUCGGUCAGUACAACUACGGUGGGUACUUCCCGAACAGACCCACCAUCAUGCGGACUAACAUGCCAACGGAAGAAUUGUCAGGUGAAGAACUGGAACGGUUCUGGAAGAGGCCUGAGUCUAUGCUCCUUGAGAGCUUCCCAUCACAGGUUCAAGCUGCGACGGUGAUCGGGAUCUUGGACGCGUUGUCUACUCAUUCCCCUGAUGAGGAGUAUCUGGGGGAGUUGCCAGAAUCAGCAUGGACAGAUAAUCCGGCGAUCAAGGCCGCAUUCGAGGAAUUCAGUGGACAGAUGAGAAUGAUUGAAGGGAUUAUUAAUAAAAGAAACAUAAAUAUGAAAUUGAGGAAUAGGACUGGAGCUGGAGUGAUGCCAUACGAGCUACUGAAGCCAUUCUCUGAGGCUGGGGUCACAGGAAUGGGAGUCCCAAACAGUGUCUCCAUCUGAAGUUGACAAAUGGAGUGGCAGCUUCGGUAAUUAGAGUAUAGAUUAUGUGUAUUUAUGGGAAUUCCUGGUGAAUUGUAGUAGGAAUGGUACAAUAAGGAUGAGUGGGUGGAGUAGAGGUGUCUAAUAAAAAUGGGAAUUCUAUCA